CUCUCGAACUGUUGUUUCAAAAUUAUCGCGCUGAAUCUGCGCAGAACCGCACGAAAUUCGUCUCGAGAAAUUUCCUCCACUAUCACCUCUAUGCGAAGAAACAAGAAACAUGGCAGUGUCCCCACCCUAGUCGUUGCUGCUGUGUCAUAUCGCAUGUGAUUCGAAUUUGUCAGCUGAAUUUGUCGGACGAUAUUUUCAUCGUCUUUAUUCUGUAUCUUAUGUUGCGUGUCACGAAUCAAUUCAAUAAAUAAUGUAAUGGGAAAAGCCUGAUUCCAUAACAAUGUCAAAAUUGAAUGGAUUACUUUUUCUUUGGUCUUUAUCAGCUAUUAUUACUUCGGCUGUUUUAUCUGUCACUCCUUCCAAAUAUUGUGAAGUAUCUGAACAUAAGUUAAGUUUUAUAUACAAUUUAACGAAACUGACAUCAGAUAAAGAAGAUAUUAUCAUCAAGCAUGAUUAUGAGACAAUACGUAUGCAAUUAUGUUCUCCAUUAAUUCAAAAAUGCAAUAACCAGGAUGGCUAUGCAAUAUGUCUAAUAAAAAACAAUACAGAAAAAGGAAUAGGAAGGUUUCCUCCAAAAUUAGAUAAUGAACAAGGAAGAAUCUUGUUUAAUUUUACUGGUGAUGAUUGUCUACAUGGAAUCAAUUAUACGGUGACAGUUAUUAUGCAUUGUGAUUAUGAUGCAGAGACUAAUUCAUAUCCUGAAUUAUUUUCACAUGAUGAUCAACAAUGUAACUUAUAUAUAGUAUGGAAGACUGCGUUAGCUUGUGUACCUAGAACCCAAACAAAUUGUACAGUUGUUAACGCUGGACAUUAUUAUGAUCUAAGUCCUUUAACAAGAGCUUCAGAAAAUUAUGUGAUUCCCUUGCAUAUAAAAAAUAAAACAAAAUUCCUCAAAUCACCUAAAAUAAUAUUAAAUGUCUGCCAAUCUAUACUACAUCAUGGUAUCAUGUGUCCAAUUAAAUCUGGAGCAUGCUUGGAUGAUCCUGAAAAACCUAAUAGAUAUUCAAGUUUAGGAGAAGUACAAAAGCCUCCUUUCUUCAAAGAUGGAACAUUACAAAUAGAAUACCAGGAUGGUGCGUUAUGCACACAAAAUAUUACAACUCCACAUGUUAAAACAACUAUUUAUUUUAAAUGUGAUUUGGAAGCUAAGGGUCUUCCAGAAUAUAUUUUGGGAAGUGGGAUAGAAGAUUGUCAUUAUCAUUUAAUAUGGUACACUGCUGCAGCAUGCGAUAUUGAGACUCUUCGUGAUUAUAGUGUUAAAAGAGCAGGCAAAUGCAACGUUACGAAUCCAAUUACAAAUUUUACAUAUGACUUACAAACAUUAAUGAACAAAGACUUCACUGUUACAAAUGUAAAUGGUGUAAAAUACAAAUUCAGAGUUUGCAGUGCGCUUAUGGAUAAUACAUGUGGGAAUAAAACAGGAAUAUGUAACUCGAAAUAUACGUCGUUAGGACAAGCUAAUGCAAACUUAAUAUGGCAGCAAAGUGGUCCUUAUUUAAAUUAUACCAAUGGGGAUUUAUGCGAAAAUGGAAUGAGUCACUAUACACUUAUCAGAUUUUUUUGUGAACCUCAAGAAUCGCCCAGUCGGCCAUUGCUCAUAAAAGAAUCUACUUGUCAAACUAUCAUACACUGGAAUACAGAUUUAGUUUGUGAGAAAAAAAUUAAAUGUGCUACCGAUAAUAACGAUGAAAUCAAUUUAACUCCUCUUAUACAAUCUACAAAUAAUUAUAUCAUUAAAGCCAACGAUACGGAAUUUCACAUAAAUAUAUGUCGACCAUUAGUUCCUACACAAGGUCUUUUAUGCGCACAUGGUAGUGCUGCUUGUAAGGUUUCGGUAACUUCAAAGAACGAGUAUACGAAUGAAAUCAGUUUAGGAUUUCCCGAAGGCAGUCCAACAUUAAAUAAAGAUUUACAAACAGUAUUACGUUAUAUCAAUGGAUCACAAUGUCCCGAGAAUCCAACUAAAACGAUAUCUUCGAAUUUCACAUUUAUUUGUGAUAAUAACAAUCAGGGACUUCCAGUAUAUAAACACUAUGUUAAUUGUACUUAUGUAUUUGAAUGGAAUACUAGUAUAGCAUGUGGUGCUGUGAUAGGAGGUUGGACGGCACCAUGUACUAUAAAGGAUAGUUUCCUUUCAUAUGAAUACAACCUUUCUUUGUUAGACAAAAAGCAACAGAUACAUCACGUGAAAAGCAGACAAGGCAAAGAGUAUGCUAUAAGUAUUUGUGGCGGAGAGAAAUAUUGCAACGGUUCUGCCAUAUGUCAUGAAUAUAAUGGUUACGGAUCACUGGGAAGUGUGAUUUUUGAUUACAGUCGUAACGACGUAAAACUUAAAUAUUCCAAUGGUAGUAAAUGUAAUAACAAUUCUUACACGUCCGAAGUAAGAUUUAUAUGUAACGAAUCCAUGGGCAUCGGUGAACCGAAACUGCUGUUGGAAUCACAAUGCAGCGCGGAAUUCGAGUGGCACACCGAAGUGAUCUGCGUGAAACAUGCCAAUUCUCAGAAUGCAUCUCAUGAAAAUACAUUGCUCUGCAAGAAAUUACUUCGUCCAAUAAGUCCUGGUGAACAACAAUGUUUUCGCUUAAUGUUACAAUUAUUUGCGAUUGCGAUGAUGAUAGUGUGUGCGCUUGGAGUGUUAAUGGUCGCUUUAGUUUAUUUCGGAGAUUUACUUCCGCUAGAAGGACGCCAUUUUUGGACAAAUUUGAUUCAUUUCAGAAGAGGCAUUGGUCGUGUCCAUUAUUGUAGAGUCGAUACUACUGAGGAAGCUAGACUUUUGCUCGGUGCUUCCGAUCCUAGUCAAUCAGAUAGCGACGACGAUCUUCUAUUUGCAUAACGAUGUGAUUAUUAUUAUGACUGUUCUAGAGUAUAGAUUAUCUAAUUAUUAAA